UCAUUCCCUCACGCGAACACAAGAGAGAGAAAGUGAGAGAAGAAAUAUAUAUAUAAAAAUGGCGCCAAUGGCUUCCCAUUUUCCGGCCAAAUUCCAGCCACUCUCCUUCAUUUUACUCAUCUCUUUGCUCUCUUUCACUUCCUCACCGGCCACUGCCAACAAUUACGGCGAUGCCCUCCGUAAAAGCAUCCUCUUCUUUGAAGGCCAACGUUCAGGCAAACUCCCGCCGGAUCAACGCCUACGUUGGCGUGGUGACUCCGGUUUACACGACGGAUCAACUGCUGGCGUAGACCUCACUGGCGGCUACUACGACGCCGGCGAUAACAUCAAGUUCGGUUUCCCAAUGGCAUUUACAACGACAAUGUUAGCGUGGAGUGUGAUUGAUUUUGGAAGGAACAUGGGACCUGAACUGGGUAAUGCGUUGAAGGCAGUGCGAUGGGGAACGGAUUAUCUUCUUAAGGCUACUGCAAUUCCUGGCGUGGUUUUUGUUCAGGUUGGAGAUCCGUAUUCAGAUCAUAACUGUUGGGAGAGACCAGAAGAUAUGGAUACACUUCGAACGGCGUAUAAGAUAGAUGCUAACCAUCCUGGAUCUGAUGUCGCCGGUGAGACUGCAGCUGCCUUAGCUGCUGCAUCCAUCGUGUUUCGAUCACGUGAUCCUGCUUAUUCGAGACGCCUCCUCGAUCGUGCCGUUAAAGUCUUUGAUUUCGCUGACAGACACAGAGGUGCAUAUAGCAACAGUUUAUACCAUUGGGUCUGCCCUUUUUACUGUGAUGUUAACGGCUACCAGGACGAGUUGCUAUGGGGAGCAGCCUGGUUGCACAAGGCAUCUAGACAACGUAGAUACAGAGAAUACAUUGUGAAAAACGAGGUUAUUUUGAGAGCAGGUGAUACUAUUAAUGAAUUUGGUUGGGAUAAUAAGCAUGCUGGGAUUAAUGUUCUCAUUUCCAAGGAAGUUCUAAUGGGAAGAGCAAAUGACCUAAAAUCUUUCCAAAACAAUGCAGAUGAUUUCAUUUGCUCAAUAUUACCUGGAAUUUCUCAUCCUCAAGUCCAAUACUCUCCUGGUGGGUUGAUCUUCAAAGCUGGUGCAAGCAACAUGCAACAUGUAACAUCUCUAUCAUUCCUACUUCUAGCCUAUUCCAAUUAUUUGAGUCAUUCCAAUCACAUUGUGUCAUGUGGCCAUUUAUCUGCCUCCCCUUCUCUCCUCAAGCAAUUGGCUAAGCGUCAGGUGGACUACAUACUAGGGGAUAAUCCAUUGAGAAUGUCCUACAUGGUAGGAUAUGGUAGACGAUACCCAGAAAGGAUACAUCAUAGAGGUAGCUCAAUCCCAUCUGUUCGAGCCCAUCCGGCUCACGUAAGUUGCAAAGAAGGGUCUCGGUAUUUCCUUAGCCCAAACCCGAAUCCUAAUGUCCUUGUUGGAGCUGUCGUAGGUGGACCUAAUAGCUCAGAUUCAUUCCCAGAUUCAAGGCCUUUCUUUCAGGAAUCUGAACCCACUACUUACAUUAAUGCACCCUUAGUGGGUCUCCUUGCCUUCUUCUCAGCUCAUUAUUAAUAAUCAUCUCAAGCAUAGUAGUAGUGGUUGGCAAAGGUCACCCUACCCCCAUCUAUUAUUAUUAUUUGCGUGUCAUGUGAUGUUAGUAUUAAACAACAAAAUUGUCUUAUUCUGAAUUCAGCUGAGCUGAGUCUUUGUAAUUUGAUAAUUUUGAAGUUUUUGUGCUAUUAUAAUGGAAGAUCAGUCUUUAUCCUUA